AUGACGGAGCAGGCCGUCGCCGACGCCGCCUUCUUUGCGCAGCACGCGCGGUUCCCCGGGCUGGAGGACCAGGACCUGACCGCGGGACGCUGGCGUAUUCGGGACUGGAGACCAGCCGGGGGGACGGCGGAGCAGCUGGUGCAGGACGCGGGGGCGGCUCCUCCAACCCGAAGCGACAGCAAGAGACUCGGAUGGAGCCGACGGAGUGCGCAGCUGAGCGACGGCAGCAGCUGGUACUACCAAACAUGCACCCCAGGGCUUCUUCAUCUCCGGAUCCGGCGUCCCGGCCGGCACCCGCGGGCAUCCUGUCACUCGCCGUUUCGCGCUCGACGGGCGUGGCUACCGGGUGCCGUCGGGGCCUUUGGCGUGUCCAGCCAGGCCGACGUGGACUUCGAUCAAAAAGCUGGGUGGUCGUCAACUUUUCCUACCCGCGCGCGCGUGGCCGUGAUUGACGGCAAGCAGGAUCCCGUGGCGCGCCGCGACGCCGCACCCGGAUCGGCGAGAACGCGGGCCGCCAGAGCACGAACGGAGCAGCCGUUUAUCCUGAUCGACCCGGCGACGCACCAUUAG